AAAAUCUGGGAACGCGAGGGGUAGGACUGAACCUCACUAGGGGAACGCGCGGACCUUCUGCUAGGACUCCGGCCCUGCGUCUGCUCAGCCUGGUGGCCCCGCACACCUACCACCAUGGAGCUGCGGCCUCGUCUUGGGGCCACCUGUUUGCUGGGCUUCAGUUUCCUGCUUCUCAUCACUUCCUCUGAUGGACAUAAUGGGCUUGGAAAGGGCUUUGGAGAGCACAUUCAUUGGAGAACACUAGAAGAUGGGAAGAGAGAAGCAGCUGCCAGUGGAUUGCCCUUGAUGGUGAUUAUCCAUAAGUCCUGGUGUGGAGCUUGCAAAGCUUUAAAGCCCAAAUUUGCAGAAUCUACAGAAAUUUCAGAACUCUCCCAUAAUUUUGUUAUGGUAAAUCUUGAGGAUGAAGAAGAGCCAAAAGAUGAAGAUUUCAGCCCUGAUGGGGGUUAUAUUCCUCGAAUACUUUUCCUAGAUCCCAGUGGCAAGGUGCGCCCUGAAAUCAUCAAUGAGAAUGGAAACCCUAGCUACAAGUACUUCUAUGUCAGUGCUGAGCAAGUUGUUCAAGGGAUGAAAGAAGCUCAAGAAAAGCUGACAGGAGAUGCCUUCAGAGAGAAACAUCUUCAAGAUGAGUUGUAACCUGAAUGUGUUGCUUCUUUCAUCAAAAUUAGCAUUCUGGAAGGAAAGCCACAGGAGAGGGGAUAUGGAAAAAUUGUUCAGAACAAUAACAUCAACCAGAAAAGCUUGCUCCUGUCUCCUUGGGAAGGAGCUCUUUCACUGUGGAAGAGUUCUGCGAUCAGAAGCUGACCUCCAUGUUUUUGGAUCCAGCAGAGUAUUGCAGAUUUCCUGCUGGCUCCUGAUCUAAGUAUACUUGUCUUUGAAUGUAAAGAAAGAUAUCUUUUGACACAAAACUUGAGCCAUUUGGAGAUUUACUCCUCACAUUUAAGUAUUUGAAUCAUUUUCCAUUUAUUCUUGCUAUAUUCACUUUGGUGGUAAAAGGAAUCAGUAGCAUCUUUUCUACGUUGCUAAAUUUGCAGAAAUAGCUUAUUAUUUAAAAACAACAUACCCUAAAUGUAAAUCAGUAAUCCUAACCCCACCAAGGAAACCAGCCUGUUUCUUCACUUUUUCUCCUGGAAAUAAUCUUGGACUUCUUCCUGAAUCCUUGCAACUUCCUUUCUCUUCUGCUUGGGCUUCCUGUUUGCACGCAUGCAUCUGCAAGAAUGGCUGUGUGCUUGGACUCAGUCCUCGCUAGAAGCAUGUUCCCCCUGUUAAUUGUUAGAGAAAUUCAACCUUCAAGCCCUUGAAAGAGCCAUUUUUGUCAAGCAGUCAACUGUAUUUUUGUAUUGGGGUUAACAAAAAAAAAAGUAUUGUUCCAUUAAACUUUAAUAAAAUUUUAAAAGGA